ACACACACAUACUUGCGUAGAGCACGAGACAAGCGCCAAAAAUCGUUCGAUAGCCACUCGAAUUUCCGGCGGUUUUCUGUGAUGUAAAGUGACAAACCGCUGUAAUAUUCGCCGCAUUAUCUCGUUGAAAGUUAUUGGAACAUGGUGGAGUUUUCGCUGGGAUAUCGCGAGGUCGUGCCGGAUCAAACUCUGCCGGAGAAAUGGAAGGAAAUCACCCUGAACACGGGCGGAAGCCAAAGUACAUUGCAGGAUAUAAAAGUACCGGAAAGAGCAGGUGGCUACUCAUACAAAGACUCAUCCAAAUAUUUCACUCGUAACCGUUUUAUUUACUGGCGUAUUUGUCACGAUGUACUUGAACUGAUUGAACAUAGUCUUGACAUCAAUCUCGUCGACUGUCGAGUGAGAUACAAAUUUACAGACACCCCAAUUUUGGAUGGAAUUUCUAUUCAUGAGACAAUUAACUCUGUUGUUAUCCUGAUUGUCACUGUUUCCAGUGUUCACAAACUUACCUUUUCUCACCCAGAUAAAAUUCACAAGCAAGAAAAUUUACUUGGUACAUAUACAGAUCUCAGUGUACAGUCAAUAUUUAAUGAAGCUUCUGCACAAAAUGCCAGAGAUCCUCAUACAUUUCAUAUUAUUUCCAAUGCUGGAACUACAAAUUCUCCGGUACCUCAUGCAGCAGCAUCGUGGCUUACAUUGCCACAAGAAGAAGCACUGUUUGCUCUUGCUUACAGCUCAGCUACUAUAUUACUCUUGAGGCUCGACUCACUCACAGGUCUUGUACACACCAGCGAACUGAAACAAGAUUCGAUAAUGCCCAAGUUCUUGAGCGGUAUAGCUACAGCGUUUAGAGGUCGCAAUACCGAGGCUCACGUUGCCAUGUCCCUUGUUAUACACAGUUAUGGUAGUGACACAUACUUGUUUGCGUUAUGUCGAGAUGGUAACGUACGUAUGUGGUCUUGUAAUAAGACGCAGUGUGUAACCGUAACGGACGCGGCAAUCGAAAAUCGCAUUGUGUCUCAAAGUGCGCAAGGUCAUGUUUUAAGGAAAGCAUUGGGCAGCGAUAAUGAGUUGUAUUUCGGAACGUUUUUGAAAUUCAGCAGUGGAUGUGAAUUCAGUAUUCUGAAGCCUGUGCAAGAUAACGGCGUAUUCAAGUUUGUUAGAUUAUGUACGUUAUACGCGCCGGAUCAACACCUGGUAGAUUUUGCAUUUACACCAACCAGGUUGUGGGCAGUGUGGAGAACGGCAGAUAUGGAUGCCAUGGCGGUUACACAUGCACAAUUAUCGCUGAAUGGCAUGCAACGCAUUAAUUCCGAAUGGGAGAGCACAAUUUUGGAACAAGCACGCGACAGAGAUUACAUUGUAACCGAUCCUGGAACGGAUCCGAGGCAAGCGUACAUAAAUUAUAUUUUUCAUCCUGGACAAUUCUCGUUGGUGGACAUCACGAAAGCGCUGAGCAUCUAUAGAAGAUCCAACGUAAUAGCAGAAAUGACUCUCUCACCAGCUGUUUUGAAGGAGAGAGUGUGUAUGGCGGUCGAGGCCGAAAUACAGGCGGAAGUGAUGGAUUAUGUGAUUAUGGACGAGGAUUAUCUCGAGAUCACUAACCGAUGCUGGUCGAAAUUUUACUCGUGCGUCGUUCAAUAUCACGCUAAUGGCACUCGUCCCGUAGGUCUACUGCUCUUACCGAGCGCUUACGGCAUCGUCUUAUUGAAAAAAUCAUCUUUAUCGCUUCUGAGACCCAUGGAAGCUUUAGAACAUCUGGUGUUUUGCAACGAGAAGUCCUACACAUCCCGUUUCAAAACAACGCCCGUUCUAUCGCAAGAUGAAGACACAUGUCAGGAUUUAAUCACGUUAAUGUCCGCGUUAGUCAUGUUGGGAGACCAAUUGCCCGAGGAGACUAAAACAGAAAUUGAGAGAGAAUUGUAUCAUCUGAGAAGUCCAGAUAUUAUAAUCGAUGAUCUACUGUCAAAGUUAAUGAUGGAACCCGACGAUCCGCUAUCUGAUUUCGAUUUCCAAUCGGAACUCUAUCACAAACUAAGUAACGUCAAGGAUAUAUCGGGCGCCAUGGCCAUGUUGCUGGACGCAUUAACAUACGAUCUUGGACAACCGAGUAAGCUGCAAUUCGAGAACGAUCACGAUGCUUCGAAAGUCUUGUUGAACGUCAGUCAUCUCUUUGGUAGCCAGUUGGGCAUUUCCGCGGUGACGGAAACUGUAACGCAAAUAGCGCUCUUGAGAUUCUCCGUCUGCAGAGAUUUAUUGAUCUUACAGCAGUUCAUACUACUGCGUCCCGAAAUAUUUGACUCGAGCUCCUUGCAUACCGUGAAAUCAUCCUUGGCACCGAGAACCGUUGUACUUACUCAAGCUUACUAUGUCGUCACGUGGAUAUGCGAGUCUACGGCAACGUAUACUCCUUCGCAAUCCUUACUCGAAUCCAGUUCGCAGCGUCUUUCAAUGUUGAAGCUCGCUGAUCCGCGAAUCAACGUCGGACAGAGGCAGCAUCGAUCCUUGUCGCUCUUAGAACUGUUUAUUCAUAGCAGCGGUGGGAAACACGCUCAUAUUUUGAUGGCCCAGGCGAAUAUGGAUCCGACGACUCUAAUACCCUGGCAUUAUAGUAUGCUGACGCAUGUAACGCUUAUCGCGCAACUGAUAUGGCCGAUAUCUGGAAAUUUCAUCUUUCCCGAAUGGUUGCUCUCGAGUUGUCAAUUUCUACUUGUUCAAGAAUAUGUAAGACUUCUGAACACGUGGUGCGAGUGGAAUAGCGCCUCGAGGAAGUUUAUCCUAGCCGUAGCAUUACUAGAAAUGGGAGAAGUGCAGAAGGCGUGCGAUAAUUUUCUUCGUGCAUCCAAUGGAAUUUUAUCGGACGUAUUUCUAGUGGACGCCUUACUCAACUCUAAUGUAACAUCAAGAAACAAGGAUCUGGUCCACUAUUAUCUGAAAGUUAUUAAACUGUUUGAGGAACACACCGCGUCUGAUUGUAUCAUAGAGAUUGCAGAGACAGCUAUAGCGAGUGCCGACGCGGACGAUCCGAAUUUGCCGACGCUCCAUUCAAUAAUAUUUGCACAACACCUGAGUCUAGGACAUCACGCAGAAGCUUAUCAUUGCCUGAAUGCGAAUCCGGACGCUGCACGUAGAGUGGACUGUUUACGACAACUUGUCGUAACGUUAUUCGAGAAAAAAUUGUUAAUAGACCUAAUUUCUUUCCCCUAUGUCGACAUGUACGAAGACCUUGAAAGAAUAGUAGAGGGCAGAGCCAGAAGCGUCGACCUUAUGGAAAAUAAUUAUUAUAACUUUCUAUACAGUUUUCACGUCAAUAAACAAAACAUGCGGAAAGCGGCGUCUGUAAUGUACGAACAAGCUAUGCGUUUAAGUCAGGAACCUCAUUCCGCGCCGAUUAUAGCGAAGCAAGCGCAAUGUUUACUGGCGUGUAUUAACGCCUUGCAUCAUGUAAGCGAAAAAUAUAGAUGGAUCGUAAGACCUGUCGAUCAGAAUCUCUCCGGCGAGUUAAACUUAUCGGGCACGCAAAAGAAGAGAAAUAUAGAUGGAAAAGAAGUGUUGCAUUACAAGAUAAAGAAGCAAGUCGAAGUCCUCGAUUUGGAUGAUAUCAAGAAGGAGUAUUAUAUAGUAGACGCGAGAUUGAAAAUAUCAAAAGUCAAUUCGGAGAUGCACAUAGUCGCACAUACUGAACCAUCUGAAUUGAUUAUCACUUUAUGUAGUACUGGUUUGUACACAACUGCACUACAUUUGUGCGAUGAAUUUAAAAUUAGUAAAGCCUCCGUACUCGAAAGUUUGACUUCUCAAUGUAUCAAAUUAAGUCAACGUGAGGAUCCAAAUGCCUGGGAUUGGCUAAUACAAAAUGAUAUAUUUGAUAUAGGAAUAUCCAAUACAACUAUCGCAAAUACCGCUUGGAGAUUGUUGGAAUACUUUACAUUGAAGCAUGAAAAAGAUAACAUUAGUGAAUUACACAAAGCUGUUGCACGCAAGUUAUUGCAAGAUGGAGCGUUUCUACCACAAUGGUUAUUGAUAUCAUAUAAAAAGCGCAAUGCUUCGGAACUUCUUCGUCUCAUGCUGAAUACCGGCCGAUUAGUUGAAGCAAGCGAGUUAGCUGUAGAUUAUAUUAACGCAGCAUUAGGUAGUGGAAAGGAACAUUUUGGUUUUAAGACACCAUUGGUAUCUACAGCACCACCAACCUGGUUACCGCUUAAUACCAUCGAAGUAUUGUUAAAUGAAUUAGAAUACUUAAAUAAAGACUUCACUUAUAUAGAGAGCUACACUAGAUUAAAUUCAACACUGGAGAAAUAUUUAGAAACAGCAGAACGAGUUUCAGAAGAUAUGAUUGAAUUAAGAAUGAUGAGCAAACACUCCUAGUAAAUUGGACAUAUUUUGUGUAUCUAUCGUUUGCAAACCAUCACUCCUCAACUGGUCUCCUGCGAUGUACAUAUUAUCAAUUUAUGUUAUUAAUACAACGACUGAAACAGAGUAUCAAAAAUUGUCGUUUGUAGUUUUUGAAAUUAGUUAUAAUUUUGUAUAUCCGUUAAACGUGAAUUUUCCACUACGUGAUAAGGGAAUUUGUUUGUAUAAUGAUUUAAAGUGCCAAGAAAUGAACUACAAUACAUUUUACUUUACAAAGCUUGUUAGAAUACAGUUUAUGGUAAGGAUGCUUUGUUGAUUGUCAGGUGUUUUUGUUAAUAUUUUAAAUUAUUGUUGAAUAUAUGUAUUACUUUAAUAUUUAUUAUGAUUCUAUAUAUCUCAGAGAUUUUUUUGUGGUGAAAUUAAGUAUCACUGUCAGGUUUUUCUAGUUGAUGCUGCAACCUUACCUUGUCUGUAAUCUAACAAUAUUUAUAACAUACUGUCAUGAAA